AUGCUUCAAAACACUUCUCAGUUCGCUAAAUUUGUGUGGUCCCUUCUUUUGUCCGAUAGCGGAGGAUGGAAAACGUACUCCGAAGAAGAAAUUGCUCAAAUGUUAGAAAAAGAUUGGGGUAAUGACUUCGUGGUUGCACACUUGAGACAAAUCGGAUGCAGCCUAUCAGAAAUACUCGGAAGCUCUUCAUACUUCAUGAAAGAUGCUGAUGGAUGGAGGGCUAUGGAUGGAGAUGGUCGCUCUUUAGAAGACGAUUAUCAAAAAAAUAUCAAUCGCGAUGGUGACAGAAGAUUCAACCAGUUGAGUCUGACUUCUAGUAGUCAACAAGGCCAUCGUGGGGAAGGCUACGUGUACUCUGAUAUUCAUCACAAUCAUCUUCAACAAAAUCAAGUCAGUCUGCCAGGCAUCGCUAUAACAAACUCAGGUCAAGAAAGUAUGAUGUUGAGCGAUACAGCGGUAAUGAGCAGAUCCAAUACUCAAAGUAGAACUUUGGCGCAACAGGACCAUCAUGGAGAAGGAUACGUGUACCCCAACGUACACCAGAAUCGUCUACAUCAGGAAAAAGUCAGAUCGCCAAACGUGUCCACCAACUCAGAAGCUAUGGUGUUGACCAGCAGAUACAAAAACGGAGGACACCAAGAAUCCAUUGCCUGGCCGUUUGUUCAACCUACAGAUGGUGGUAAUGUUAGAAGUGAGAAUCAUCAUGACCCGUUCCAAAGCCCUUACUUGGCUCAGGACCAAUUAGGAGCAGAAUUAUACUCCAAUUUCAAUAUUAAUCAGGAUAAUCAACAUCGAGUCCGGUCACUAAACGUGCAGUCUGAUAAAGGAAGAACACUGCCAGGUAGCAUCUACGACACCGGUUUGAAUGGAGGAGGAAAGAGUCACCAAGAAUUCAGCACCUGGCCUUUCAGAAAUGAGAACCAACAGAAUAUGUUCCAAAACAAUGGUUUGGUACAACAUGACUUCCAUCAGGGAGAAUACUUGCAUCCCAACUCCCAUCGCAAUCAAACUAAUCAACGUCAAGCCAGUCCAAUGUCAUCAACCAACUCAAAUGGAGGAGGAAUGAUGUUGAGCAGCAUCUACAGCAACGGCUUGAAUGCAUUAGGAACCGAUCGCCAAGAGUCCAGCAUUCGGCCAGUCUACAGCCACAAAAAUUUGUUUCCCUACAAUGUCACGGAAGGCCGACAAUUAGUGGCAGAGUUUUACUCUAAAUUGAAUCACAAUCUACAUAAUCAACAUCAAGCCAGCCCUCCAUAUAUGCAGUCGAGUAGAAGAGAUACUACCUACAACUCCGGUUUGAGCCGGGUGCCCAAUAAUUGGCCGUUCGGGCAAUCUUCAAAUGGUGAUAACAUUAGAAAUGAGAACCAACGAAAUCUGUACCAAGACUAUGCUUUUUCUCAGCAACAAGAUCACCGAAAUGACAGUAACCCCAACAUUCUCCUUAAUCAACAUAACCAAGUCAUUCCGCCAAUCAUGUCAUCGAAAAAUUUGAAUGGAGGAGGUAUGAUGUCGGGCAGCAGCUACAACAACGGUUUUACUGCCUUAGGAGGUGAUAUGUACCCCAACGAUCACUAUAGCCAUUCUCAUCAGGAACAAGUCAGUUCGCCAAACGUGUCAUCCACAAAUACAAACUCAGGAGGUAUGAUGUCAACUAGCAGAUGCAGCAACGGUGGACAACAUGAUCAACACGAAUCCAUUGCCUGGCCGUUCGUGCAUCCUACAGAUGAUGGUAGAACUAGAAAUGAGUAUCAUCAAGACGUGGUCCAAAACCAUGUCAUGGCUAUGCAGAACGACCAGCAAUUAAGAUCAGAAUUGUACUUCAACAAUCAACUUAAUCAACAUCAAGUCAGUCCGCCAAACAUGCACUCAAAUAGAGAAGGAACACAGGCAGGUAGCACCUACAACACCGGAGGAGGAGACAAUCAGCAUGAAUUCAACACCUGGCCUUUCGUUCAACCUUCAAAUAGUGAUCACAUCAGAAAUGAGAAUCAACAGAGUAUGCUCCAAAACAAUGCCUUGGUUCGGGGUCAACCAGCAGAAUUGUACUCUAACUUCAACCAGAAUCAACAUUACCAACAUCACGAUAGUCCGUCAAACAUGCCUACAGCACACUUAAAUGGAAGAGAAAUUAUGAUGAGCAACAGAUACUGCAAUCUUUUAAAUGGAGGCCAUGACCAUCAAGACUCCAGUACUAGGCAAUUCACACAAACUGAAAAUGGUGAUGAUACCGGAAGCUACAGCCAACAGAUAUUGUUUUCAAAUAAUGCUAAGGCUAAAGAAAACCAUCAAGCGGAUCUAGACUUGUACAACAAUAUAUUACGCAAUUUCCAACAACAAGGGAUUGAUCCGGUGGAUGGCUCUUACGAUAUCGGACAACUUUUGAAUAGAGGAUACGAAUGUCAUGUUGAAAGAACAAAUUCUCCAAGGAUUGAAAAUUUUUGCGCUUCCGGUGAACCUUCGCAGCAAUUUCCAAGACAAACCAAUGGCUCUCCAGUACUUCCCCACCAAACGGAACCAGAGAGACACCAAGAGUCCUGGACAGACCCUACCGACUUGAAUUAUUCAAACCACGCUGAAAAUCAUGAGAACAACUUAGACAAUGACUUUUUCGAAAAAUGGGAGGAAUCCAGCUUCAACGACAAUCUUGUUUCCUUUGAUUAUGAAUUGGAGCAGCAGAGUCCAACUCCUUCCUCAAUAUCCACUCUAACAAACCCAUCAACAUCACGACAGAGAGCCCAAGCUCGUGCUGCAUCCCUACCGUGCUCGACAGGCACUCUCGAAGAGUUGGCCGAUCGAUUUGGAGUCAAACUACCUGAGAACUCUCCAGAUAUUGUUAAGCCAUCUGUAGAAAUAGAAGAGAAUGUGAAAAACUUCAUGGCUAAGUUUGAAUCGAUGUCAAUCACUGAUCAACUUCACGCUCACGACGAGCUUCAAGAUCCAGACCCAGUGGUUGUCCACGCUCGAAAUGUUGUUAAUCAGGUCCCCAGAUCACAUGAUUUAGACAAGCCAUAA